CCUUUUCCGACUCCUUUCUGUUUUCCACUGAUUUAUACGAUAGUAACACCCCCCCCCACAUCCCCCAAGUCUCUCUCUCUCCCCCCCUUCAAAUUCCUUUCAGAUCUGGUUCCGGAGCGCCAUAAUCCGCGGUUUCAGUGAAAUGCUUGUCGAUUGUCUGCUUGUCUGCUCCAAAUCCCCGUGAAUUUCGCUUGAACCGAGGCUUCCUUUGGUUUUUGUUUCGAAAAUGGUGAUCGUUGGUCCGAUAACUCCUGGACAGGUGUCGUUUUUGCUUGGAAUCAUACCUGUAAUUGCAGCUUGGAUAUAUUCUGAGUUCUUGGAGUACAGGAAAAGUUCAGUAGAUGCCAAACUUAGGCUCUCAGAUGUGAAUUUGGUCGAAUUGGGGAAUGGCACAGUUAAGGAAGAUGACAGAGCUGUUCUGUUAGAGGGGGGAGGUCUCCAAUCAGCCUCUCCUAAAUCUCGAAGUUCGCCUGCUACAUCUCCAAUUUUCAGGUUCUUCUUGAUGGAUGAGCCUUUCUUAAUUGAAAAUCGAUUGAUACUUCGAGCCAUAUCUGAAUUUGGUCUUCUUAUGAUGUAUUUUUACUUGUGCGACCGUACUGAUUUCUUUGACUCAGCAACAAAGAGUUACAAUCGGGAUCUCUUCAUAUUUCUCUACUUCCUUCUCAUCAUAGUUUCGGCAAUAACUUCUUUCAAGAUCCACCAUGAUAAGUCACCAUUUUCAGGGAAAUCCAUACUGUAUUUAAAUAGGCAUCAAACUGAAGAGUGGAAAGGUUGGAUGCAGGUGCUUUUUCUGAUGUACCAUUACUUCGCGGCAACAGAAAUCUAUAAUGCCAUCCGAGUUUUCAUUGCUGCAUAUGUGUGGAUGACUGGAUUUGGGAACUUUUCAUAUUAUUAUGUCCGCAAAGAUUUCAGCCUUGCAAGAUUUGCCCAGAUGAUGUGGAGGCUUAAUUUUUUGGUAUUUUUCAUCUGCAUUGUCCUCAACAACAGUUACAUGCUAUACUACAUUUGCCCCAUGCACACCCUUUUCACUCUGAUGGUUUAUGGAGCGCUUGUUAUUCUGAACCAAUACAAUGAGAUUGGGUCGGUCAUUGCUUUAAAAAUCAUGGCUUGCUUCUUGCUAGUUAUCCUAAUAUGGGAAGUGCCUCGAGUGUUUGAAUUGGUUUGGAGCCCACUGACAUUCCUUCUUGGUUACACUGACCCAAACCCCUCAAAAUCUCACCUGCCCCGCUUGCAUGAGUGGCAUUUUCGUUCAGGCCUUGAUCGCUACAUAUGGAUAAUUGGGAUGAUAUAUGCUUAUUAUCAUCCAACAGUUGAAAGGUGGAUGGAGAAGCUGGAAGAAACAGAAGCAAAGUGCAGAAUAUCAAUAAAAACAGCCGUUGCUCUGAUAUCUUUAACGGCAGGAUAUCUCUGGUUCGAGUAUAUCUACAAGCUAGACAAGAUUGCUUACAACAAAUACCAUCCAUAUACCUCAUGGAUUCCAAUAACGGUGUACAUAUGUUUGCGGAAUGUCACCCAGCAUUUUCGUAGCUACAGUUUGACACUUUUUGCAUGGCUUGGGAAGGUAACUUUAGAGACCUACAUCUCACAAAUACAUAUCUGGUUAAGGUCCGGUGUUCCAGAUGGUCAGCCAAAAUUGUUGCUUUCUCUGAUCCCAAACUAUCCAAUGUUGAAUUUUAUGCUCACUACUUCCAUAUACGUUGCGAUUUCUUACAGACUCUUUGAACUGACAAAUACAUUGAAAACGGCGUUUGUGCCCAGUAAAGACAGCAAGCGCCUUGUCCACAACAUGGUUACAGCAGUAGCAGUCUCAAGUGUUUUAUACUUUUUGUCUUUUGUAUUCCUGAAAGUCCCUCAGUUUUUGGUUUGAGCAUUUGAAUACGUAAAUAUAAUACAGAAGGCGAUUGGCUUCUGUAGAAGUUCUCCGAGCAGAAGAGUACCAUUCUGCUGCCAAAAACCAAUUGGAAUAUGGAAUCUUCUGCUGCUUGGCACGUCCUUAUUGAGGGAAAAGCAGGUUUUUUGGACAUAUUUUGUAUCGUAGAAGUUGGGUAAUGGAUAGAUAUAAACUCCAAACAAAGGGUUGUGUUUUUUCAUUGCCUUAAUUGUUACAGCUAUAGUAAAAUGAUGCGGAGCACAAUUUAAGUUUAUAAAUUCAGAUCCGUAUCCGAUAGAUUAAUUGUA